GGUUUCUUGCAUGUUUCCUUGUAUCAGCAAGGUGAGUCGUCUCCACUUGGUUAUAUGGAUGUUUCGGAGCCUACACCAGUUUGGAACACUAUAAGCAUUUUUCCAACUGGUUUGACCAAUGAUGAAACCACAGGGAAGAAGUUGUUAUCAGUGGUGGGAAAAGGCAGUGGGCUUUCUUUCACAGUGCAAGUAGCCGAAGGUGCAUCAGAAAUUGCGCUUGAUGUACCACUCAAAGUCCAUGUCCAGGGAGCUAAAGUGAGUGUGUUCCAGUUCAUUCCACCUCAAGGUAUCUCUGAUAGACAACUGGACAUCACUGCCACAUCUCAAUCAGAAGUUGCUGCCUAUUUGAAGGUAUCGCAGAACUAUAAAGAUGUAGAUGUCCAGAAAGACCUUGAGAGGAUAGAUUAUAGGAAGGAAUCUCUUCGACUUUCCUUUGCAACAAAAGGACGGAUAACUUUAUCCAGAGUUUCCAUUCCCCCUCUGACCGAUUCCGUCUCCGGAUGGUUCAUUGGAAUUGGUCUGAAGAACUUAUCAGGUGACGUCAAACUUAGUGAGUCAAAAAAUGUCACUUUAAAGCUGACAAGGUCGUUUGAUUAUAGUUAUGCCACACCUAUUUGUGUCCUAUUUUUUGUAUCAUUUCCGGUUGGUAUAUUAGUGUCUAUCUUUGCGUAUUUUCUCUUCGAAGAGUCUCUUACCAAGGUCAAGGUUGGUGAAGAUGAACAGGGCAAUAAUAUUGAGUUAAAAAUUUCAUGUUGCAACCUGUGGGAGGUAAUCAUAGAUCACUGGUUUUCCUUUGGUCCAAAGACCUAUUCCUACAUCACAGGUAUCGUGGGUAAUGUGCUUAUGGUUGGUGCUUUUCAGUUUGUGUUUGCAAACUGGUAUACAAUGAUUCAGGAAGGGGACAGAGAUAAUUGUUACUACAAUGACUUUUGUUAUAGAGUUGCAUGUCAUGAUAUUCCAUUUAACUUGAUGAUAAGUAACUUGACAUACAUACUCCAUGGCCUAAUCUUAGCGGUGUGGGUACUGAUACUGGAAGCCAAGGUGAAUCUUCGUUGCAAAAGCAGAGCCCCCCAUGUUCAGGGAUCCAGGCUACCAGAACAUAUUCUGUCAUGUCCUGAAACUAACAUUCAUCAUUUGGAGGGAGGUAUUCCAGAACCCAAAAACCCCAUGGAAAGGGAAGAAAGGAAAAAAAAGGAGAACAUAUUUUUUGCCAAAGUAAUGAAAAAGAGGUACUGUUUUUCUAUUGGGUAUGCGUUUUCCUGGGGACUAGUUUUCGAGGGAUUAUUUUCUACUCUUUACCACUUCUGUCCAAGCAGGUUCACAUUUCAGUUCGAUUCGGCCUUCAUGUUUAUCAUAGCUGGUUUAACUGUGCUGUUGUUGUAUAAUGGCAUUGAGCAGAAUCGUUGUCCCUCUUCUGGAAAUGUGAAACACCCAGUUGGCGCUUCUAACUUCUUCCUUUUUUUAUUGUGCCUCUUUUUGUUUUUAACUACUUUGGUGCACUAUAUAACUCCGAUUCUGGGCUCAACAAAGUAAUGCAGGGGGUUUUCUUUGGAUUCCUGAUUAUUUGGUGGCUUAUGAUGCUUUAUUGGGCUUUUAUUAAAUUAGAUAUCCGCCAAAAGAUUUGUGGUGAUGACUAUCAAAAAAAUUUUGAUGUGUUUUUAUUCUUUUUGGGUGGCCUGAUAUUGCCCAUUGGGUUUUUUAUGGUUUAUUUGUUUAGCGAUCUGGCUCAAGUGUUUCUGUUUGCUUGCAUUGCCUGUAGCGUUGUCGCAAUCCUAGCUAAAGCUAAGCUUUGCAAAUGUGAAUGCGAGUGUGAAACAUUUUGCUCUCUUCAAGGGCUUUUUAUGGGGUUCACCUUUAUCAUUUUGGUGGCAGCUUUUGCCGUUUUUAAAUUGCUACCCACCACAAACAAAACAUCGUCGCCAGAAAACUCUCGUGACCAAAACAAAGAAUGUGUCAUUUUUGGAUUUUUCGACUGGCAUGACCUGUGGCAUUUUUUGUCUUCCUUUGCUCUCUUUAUGGGUGCAUUUGUUAUCAUGUUUAUAAGUUCUAAAGCUGAG